AUGAAUACUGAUGAGCAACCAGCUCAUAUUAGUCUUUCUAUGCCAUCGGAGCGACCACCACCGUCGGAUAAUUUUCAAUUUAUGAGUGAUACAUUUACUCUACCACAAGAUGGUCAAUCAGGUUCAACACAAGUACCACUUUCACAAGGAUAUACUGGCAAAACAGAAUUUGACAAUCAAAUACGUCAUCGUGGUUGGCUUGGUGGUACUUUAGAUAAACAAGGUUAUGGAUGGUUACUUGAUACAACAAAUGAUGAUGAUGAUUCAAAUGCCGAUGAAAAUCGACCACUUUUAGAAGAAUUAGAUAUUAAUCUUGUUGAAAUUGUGGCUAAAUUACGUUGUGUUAUUUUACCAAUUCCAAGUCGAACAUUACAACGAGUAGCACUUUUACGUGAUAAUCCAGAUUUUUGGGGACCAUUACUUGUUGUUCUCUGUUUUGCUUUACUCUCAGUUUAUGGUCAAUUCCGUGUUGUUUCAUGGAUUAUAACAAUUUGGAUCUUUGGUUCACUUGGAAUCUUCAUUUUGGCUCGUGUUCUUGGUGGAGAGGUAUCGUAUUCUCAAAUUGUUGGUACAAUUGGUUAUUCACUUCUUCCUUUACUCCUGGUUGCUUUUAUAAGUCCUAUAGUAAAAAAUGCACAUUAUUUGGCUCUAUUUAUAAAAUUAAUGGGUGUUGUAUGGUCAACAUAUUCAGCAGCAACAUUAUUAUGUGUUGAAGAACUUCAACAAAAAAAAACACUUCUUCUUUAUCCAAUAUUUUUACUUUACAUUUAUUUUCUUUCACUCUACACUGGAGUUUAA